UCAUCAUCUACAGCCAGUUGACUGGAGCCGGUUGUAAAAACAUCAUCCCAUCAUUCGUUCUCUUAGAUAGGUCAAGUGCAUUUCAAUCAAUGGAUCCGGCAAAAUUCAAUCUAACUCGAACGGACCUGGAAGAAAUUUUGCGGGUUUAUCAAUCGGAUUCUAAGGUGCUGGUGUCAGAAAUUAUUGGUGCACAAGUUGUACCAUUCAGUAAAAGUCGUGUUGGAUAUUUGGGAGACCACUUUUUCCUGGAAAUCAAUGUAACGAUUCGAAAGGACGAAGGAGAAGUCAAAACAAAUGAAAGUUUGAAAUUUUUCUUGAAGCGAUUGUCCCAAGGUAUUCCUGCGUUGGCCGAGUACCUGCAAGCGAUUGGAACCUGCCGCAAGGAGAUUCGUCUUUAUAGAGAUUUGUUUCCCAAGUUGUCUAAUUGCAGUCGUUUUGCUCCACGAGCUUAUCUGGGAAAAGAUGAUAGCCUAUUGGUGCUAGAGAACGUGAGCUCAGAGGGGUUCCGAACGAUAACCAAUGCAAAGCUGGGAAUUUUUGAUAAGGCACAUCUGGAGCAAGCUUUGAAGGCAUUGGCUAGAUUCCACUGUUCCUCUUUGUUGCUGGAAACCAAAACUGGACGUACCCUUACGGAAUUAUUCCCCGAAGCGUUAACCGAAAAUUGUUGGAUUCUCAACGAUAAUAAUCCACGUGUCGCGGAGCUUGAAAAUGCAAUCGAAGUUUUGUGGGAGUUGGUGAAAAUCGUUGAAAAAGAUAACCCUGACUUGAACGAUAUUUUGAAAAAACUACCAAAUUUUAUUAACCAAAUCUACGAUCUGGUGAAACCGUCGGAAAAAUUCCGCAAUGUGGCCUGCCAUGGAGAUCUCUGGGGAAGUAACUUGAUGUUCAAAUACUCCGAGGAAAAUGUGCCCAUCGAUUGUUUGAUCGUAGACUUCCAAUUCACUCGCUAUGCACCCCCAGCUUACGAUCUGAACAUGCUUAUAACCUUGACGACUACCGGCGAAUUUCGAAAGAAACACCGGAAACAGCUCUUAGAUUUCUACUAUCAAACACUUCGGAACGAAAUAAUCCAACAGCACCUGGCGCCGGAUGAAAUUUUACCUAAGAAGCAGUUUUACGAUUCCUGCGACCACUACGUAACGUCCGGUUUGAUUGAUAACUUUCUUAUGAACCACGUGACGCUGCUGCCGCGAUCUUGUGUGGACAAGAUUUUUUCCUCGGCCGAACAGUACAACAAUUUCAGCGGAGAUGAUAAGAUUCGGAUGUGCCGAAGGAUUAUGGCGGAAAAUCCGGAGUAUCGUGAUCGCAUCGGUGGAAUUAUAAAAGACCUUCUCGAGGUGCUGUGAUAAAUUUUCGGUUGAACUAAAGUUCCUUUGACAUUCCAUUUUGUUUAAGUAAAUCAAUUAAAUAUAAAAAGUUAAGAAGUUCA